GUUUCCAGCAGGAGAAGAGGAAGAUGCCAGUGACGGUGUGGUCGAUUUCCAGUGUUACAAAAGGUUUAGAGUGAGAUUUGACUGUGGAUUUGACUGGUGAAUCAGCAUUUGCGCAGGAUGGCUGCAACUACGCCCACAUCAGCCCCGCCUCCCAAAAAGAGCAGAGGAAAACAGGAAAUAGAAACUCUACAGGCAGCCAAUGAAGAACUGAGGAGCCGAUUGAGUGACUUGCAAAAUGAACUGCAACAGGAAAGAGGCAAGGUGGGCAAAUUACGGGAACGUUUGCAAGAGUUACGGGCCCAACGAGAGACUGAGCAGCACAAGCACUCGGUCGCUCUCACUGAACUCCGCGUCAAGCUCCAUGAGGAGAAGCAGCGAGAGGUGGCAGCCACACGAGAGAGCCUGUCUCGGCAACACGAGACCGAGCUGGCCCGGGCGGCAAGACUCCGCGAGACAGAACUGUCCCGGCUUCAGGCGCUGGUGUGUAUUUUACGGGACGGAGCCAGCAGCGAGCUACGCAAUGCCCUGAAGGAGGAGGCACGAGAGGAGGCCCGCAGGAGCUACGAGGCAGAGAAACUCAGGCUCACGCAGGAGCUGCAGGAGGCGAAGACGUUGCGGCGGCAGGCAGAGGAGGCGCUGUCCAAUGCUGUGCAGGCCGACAGAGCCAAAGCUGCCGAUCUCAGGGUGGCCCAUCAAGCUCAUCAGGAAGAGAUUCAUAGAAUCAAACGCGAGAGCGAGAGAGAAAUCCGGAGACUGAUGGACGAGUUGAAGAGCAGAGAUCGUGUGGUGCAGUCACUGGAAAAAGAGCUGGGUGUGCAGGCGGGACAGACACAGCGUCUACUGCUGCAGAAGGAGGAAUCAGAGCGGCAUUAUGGGAGUCCGAAGAGAGAGGUGGCGCCAUUCCUCGGGGAAAACACAGACUCCGUCAAUAACCAGGACGCGGAUGAGAGGGAUGUACGGAGGUUUCAGCUGAAGAUCGCUGAGCUGCAGGCAGUCAUCAGGAAACUAGAGGACAGAAACACCCUGCUGUCAGAUGAGAGAAAUGAACUGCUGAAACGAGUGCGAGAAACAGAUGCAGAGAUAAAGCCUCUUAUGGAGAAGAAUAAACGGCUGAAUAAAAAGAAUGAAGAGCUGCAGCAGACUCUACAGCGCAUGGAGGACAAACUGAAGACACUCAGUAGAGAGAACGCAGAACAGAAAGAGAAAUCCCAGCAGAACUUGCAGCCGGGUGGGCUGAAGAGACACACGUCUCUAACGGACCUGAGUCACGCCCACGAGCAACAGGAAGUCGAGUAUCUGCGUUUGCAAAUCAGCGAGCAGCAUGACAUUAUAGAUGAGCUCACGCAGAGCUUUUCCCGAGAGGAGGCGGAGCUGCGAUUUCGGCAGCUGACGCGAGAGUACCAGGCACUGCAGCGAGCUUACGCACUUCUGCAGGAGACAACAGGGCCUCUGGACCCUGAGAGACACUGCAGGACAAGGGAGCAGCUGCAGACGGAGCUGAUUGGCUGUCAGGCACGGAUUGCCGACCUGGAGCGGAGCUUGGCAGAGAAGGGGCAGGAUUCAAAGUGGGUGGAGGAAAAGCAAAAUCUUCUCAGGGUGAACCAGGAACUCAGAGAAAAGAUAGUAUCGCUGGAGCAGUGUGAAAUGCGAUUACGCUCUGAAGUUCAAGACACCCUGGAUCAGAAUGAGCUGCUUGAAUUCCGCAUUCUAGAACUGGAAGAGAGGGAACGCCGUUCUCCUGCCUUUAACCUGCAAAUCUCUGCCUCUGAAAACAACAGUAUCCAGCUACACUGCCAACAAGAGGGUGUCAAGGAUGUCAUCAUUCCUGACCUCAUGAAAAAGCUUGACAUUCUUGGGGAUAAUGGGAACUUGCGAAACGAGGAGCAGGUGACAGUCAUUCAAGCAGGCACUGUGCUGUCUUUAUGUGAAAAGUGGCUGAAGCAGAUCGACAGCACCGAGGCAGCGCUGACACAGAAAAUGAUUGAUCUGGAGAAUGAGAAGGAGCUGUUCAGUAAACAGAAAGGUUUCCUGGAAGAGGAACUAGACUACAGAAAGCAAGCUCUUGAUCAGGCCCAACUGAGGGUGCAGGAGCUGGAGGCCACAUUAUACGCUGCCCUGCAGCAGGAUCCAGACAGCCGUGUGGGGGAGAGUUUGAGUGACAGGCAGCGAGCGAAGCUGGCCGAGUCAAUGGAUGCAGUGCGGAGACAGAUCCUGCGGCAGAGUCGCCAUGCCGACACACUCGUUCUACAACAGCGCAUGGAGCUCCUCCAGUCUGCGCAGCAGAGGAUCAGGGAACUUGAAGAUAAGAUUGACUUGCAGAGAAGACAAAUCAAAGAGAUUGAAGAGAAGUUUUUGUUCCUUUUCUUGUUUUUCUCACUAGCUUUUAUUCUCUGGCCUUAAAACCGACACACAUCAUAUUCUCUCUCUAUAUCUCCUUCUGUCUCUCCCUGUCUUUCUCAAAUC